CGCUCCCUGGGCGCGGGGCACGCCGGAAGUUGUAGUCCUCGCAGGCACAGCCUUGCAGAGUCUCCGGAAGUGGAGGCGUGAGAGACCGGGCUGACCCGGCUCGGGGUAGCGGGACUCCAGAGGCUGGGGCGCUGCGCCCAGGCAGGUCAUGAACGGUCCAGCGGACGGCGAAGUGGACUACAAAAAGAAAUACCGGAAUCUGAAGCGGAAGCUCAAGUUCCUCAUCUACGAACACGAGUGCUUCCAGGAGGAGCUGAGGAAGGCGCAGAGAAAAUUGCUGAAGGUGUCCCGGGACAAGAGUUUCCUUCUGGACCGACUUCUGCAGUAUGAGAACGUGGAUGAAGACUCUUCUGACUCAGAUGCCACCGCAUCUUCAGAUAACAGCGAGACAGAGGGGACGCCAAAGUUGUCGGACACACCAGCCCCCAAGAGGAAGAGAAGCCCUCCGCUGGGGGGUGCCCCCUCCCCCUCCAGCCUCUCCCUGCCUCCUUCAACAGGGUUUCCCCUUCAGGCCUCCGGGGCCCCCUCCCCAUACCUGAGCUCGCUGGCUUCCCCCCCUUACCCCCCAUUCCCUUCUGACUACCUGGCCCUGCAGCUGCCCGAGCCCAGCCCCCUGAGGCCCAAGCGGGAGAAACGGCCCCGCCUGCCCCGGAAACUCAAGUCCUGGCAGGCUCCUGGACUCCGAGGCCUGACCCACUCUGCCCUCCCCUCAUCUAUCCCAGGACCAGAGGGAGACUAGGGGCUUCUUGAGAAGCAGAGGCAAGUGUGUUUAAGCAAUCAGGAGGGCCCCUGUGAAGAACAGAUGGGGUGUUUCCUGCCCUACCAACCCCACUCCAGGACCACACUGGAUACUGCCCCAGAGUGGGGACCUGUGGGCCUACAAUCUCCUUUCCUCCUCUAGCAGAUGGUCUCUGCUCCCUCCCUCCUCCUGGGGUGGCCCUGAAGGUGGGAGGUCAUUAAUAGACAUCCCCACACACAGAAGAGGGGUCAAUUUGUGUGUCUAGGCAAAGCCCAAGGGCUGUGGCUGAGAGCAGAGAGCCCUCUGUGGGAGAAUUUGUGAAGCGUUGGCAGGGGUGGGGCUGGAGGGUUGGGCAGAAUGCCACUUCCUAGCCUCAGAGGACAAAGCAGGACUUGUGACAAAUAGGACACUCCAGGUGGAGGGACAGCCUGUCAUCAGGCACACCGCAGUGCCUGCCCCAGGGCCCUGGCGGGGAGGAAUGACAUGCCCAGGUCUGUGUUUUAGAGAGAUCACUCUGGCUGCAGUGUGGAGGAGGAGCUCGAUCUGGGAGAGGCUGAAGGCAGGGAGUCCAGUUAGGAGGCUGGUCCCGUAGCACA